CUUAAAAAUCAAGCUGUCGUCGAUUCGUUUUUAUAUCAAGCUCGCGCCGACAACCAAAAAUUUCAAGUUUUUACUUGUAAAUAUACUGUAUAAAGUUUUAUUUUGCGGUAGAAAUUCAUCUAAUUAUUCUAACAAAACGCACCGCCAUGGAGUUCGAACCCCGAUCGAUUGUGAACGGUUCCCUGCUCAAGCGCCACUCGGGUCAACCGGUUAGCAUUCAUCUGUUCGUGGAACGAGCCGAUAAGGAUGGUCGUAGCUUUACGGGAAAAUCCACCGACGGAAUGCCGAUCCAGGUGAUGCUGAGCGAUCCGUUGAGUGACAUGGUGCACGGCUGGGUCGAAGUGAUAGGAAUGGCCGGCUCGAAUGAUAGCGUACGGUGCAAGGAGAUCAUUACCUACAGCGGAAACAAAGAGCAGGAGGAAUUCGAUGCCGGUGCACACAACAUGUUGUGCAACUUUCUGGCAAAUUGUCGAGAUAUGUACCGCAUGGGAUAAGCUCGCGGAUGACAGAGGGAACGUCGUAAG